UUUCAUUCAAGCCCUUUCGUCCGUAGAGUUCUGUUCUGUUGUGUAGACUGUGGAGAGAGAAAGUGUAUGAGAGGUGCACUCACGUUUUGUACUUGCAACUCGUAAAGAGCUUCUUGUUGGUUUUUUGGGAUGCUUUUGUUUGCAUUUGAAGAGAUUUGUACAUUAAAGAAAAGGAAAAGACAACAACAAAAACCGAGUAUCUUUUUUCAAUGGUUGCUCGGCUUGCUCAGAUUUAGGUGUUGAAUUUCAAUUAGUUUUCGAUCUGGAUUUCUAAUUAAGCCUCUGUUAGGCCUGAUUUUGCUGCAGCUUAUCUAUGAAUCAUAGCUUCUGACAGAUGGAACAAUCCGUUCAACAGCGAUCUUCAAAUGCUCAUAGGGGAUUUCGAGUUCAAGCUCCGCUGGUUGAUUCUGUAUCCUGUUACUGCAAGGUAGAUGCUGGCCUGAAAACAGUUGCUGAGGCAAGGAAAUUUGUCCCAGGGUCAAAACUCUGCAUCCAGCCUGAUAUUAAUCCUAAUGCACACAAGAGCAAAAACUCACGUAGGGAGAGAAGCAGAGUCCAGGCUCCACUUCUGCCUGGCCUUCCUGAUGACCUUGCCAUUGCAUGUCUGAUCCGGGUUCCCCGUGCUGAACAUCGCAAGCUUCGUCUAGUUUGUAAGAGAUGGUAUCGACUACUGGCUGGCAACUUCUUUUAUUCACUUCGGAAAAGUCUUGGUAUGGCGGAAGAGUGGGUUUAUAUUGUCAAGAGAGACCGUGAUGGAAAGAUCUCGUGGAAUGCUUUUGAUCCCAUGAGUCAGCUCUGGCAGCCACUUCCACCAGUCCCCAGGGAGUACUCUGAGGCCCUUGGCUUUGGUUGUGCUGUUCUGAGUGGUUGCCACUUGUACUUAUUUGGAGGGAAGGAUCCACUAAGGGGUUCUAUGAGACGAGUCAUUUUCUACAGUGCCCGAACAAACAAAUGGCACAGGGCUCCCGAUAUGCUUCGAAAACGUCAUUUCUUUGGCUCAUGUGUCAUUAACAACUGCCUUUAUGUGGCUGGAGGAGAAUGCGAAGGAAUCCAGAGGACACUCCGUUCUGCUGAAGUAUAUGAUCCAAACAAGAACCGUUGGAGCUUUAUUUCUGAUAUGAGCACAGCUAUGGUUCCCUUUAUCGGUGUCAUUUACGAGGGAAAGUGGUUUCUAAAAGGUCUUGGUUCCCACCGUGAGGUCAUGAGUGAAGCCUAUGAUCCUGAUGCCAAUACCUGGACUCCAAUCAAUGAUGGAAUGGUUGCUGGGUGGCGCAACCCCAGCAUAUCUCUAAAUGGACGACUCUAUGCAUUGGAUUGCCGGGCUGGGUGCAAGCUUAGAAUUUAUGAUGGAGCAACAGAUUCAUGGAACAGAUUUAUAGAUAGCAAGCUCCACCUUGGGAGCUCCCAUUCUUUGGAGGCUGCUGCUCUUGUCCCUCUUAAUGGGAAGCUUUGCAUUGUUCGUAACAACAUGAGCAUCAGUAUGGUUGACGUUUCAAGCCCUGACAAACAAGUAGAGAGUAACCCUCACCUAUGGGAAAAUAUUGCAGGGAGAGGACAUUUUAGGACUCUUGUGACAAAUUUAUGGUCAAGUAUAGCAGGCCGAAGCAGUUUGAAAAGUCACAUUGUGCACUGUCAGGUGCUUCAGGCAUGACAACCAGAAUUCAUUUGCUCAUGUUUUUCGUAGACUACUGGGAAUUAUCUUGGUUAAACUGUCUGUUUAUACAUCAGGGAGAUUGAAUCAAUAGUGAACUUCCUGGGGAGUGGAUCCUCUGAUGUUCAUAAUGAAUUGUUAAAAAUGACGAAUAUACUGGUGGAUUGGUUUCUCAAUUUAAAAAAAAAAAACGCAGAUAAAUUGGAAUGCUCAUCUUGUUUUGGAGAAAUGAUGGGAACAAGAUGGCGCCUUUCAUGUUGGUCAAGAAGUAUUGACAAGUUGCCAAUGGACUGUUGAUUUCGGCAAUAAAACUGUGAGGCCAUUUCUUUUACAUAAGUGAAAUAUAGCAGAUACCUGUAAAUCUUGUCCUUUGCUCUUGGGCAAUGUCUUUUCUUGGGUUCCUGCCUUAGUAGUAUGUAAUCUCCUUAGUUGCUCUAUGAAUGUACAUGUGUUUAUUUCGGAUGAGCUAGUUUACGUCUAUAUUACACUUGGUUAGUGAAAAAAAUCAAAUCUUUGUUAUUACCCUUGUUUUUAGUACUCCAUGGCUGAUAGUGGCCAGUGUUACUGCA